AUGCCCGAUAUUUUCACUGCUCUGAACAACGCUGAGUCGUGGUUCCCGUACCCUAGACUUAUUCUCACCUUGUUCCUCAUUUCUUUCACCCUUACAGCGCUUUACAUUUAUCUCUCCAUCCGUAUCAUGCGAAGAGAGAGAGAGGAGAGAGAGGCAAUGAAAAAGGAGGCUGCCAAGUCAGAGGAAACGUCUUCUCCCGCCAAGUCUGAAGAGGUUGAUAAUUCGGAAGACUCUCCGAGCGAAGAGCACGACAAAACUAUUCGCAAGAGAAAAUCAGCUUCCUGUGAAUAAGCCUGCUAGCAGGGGAUCACUAUUAUAACUUCUUUUUGGUUAAACGUGUU